AUGAGCUGGUCACCAUCCCUGCCAACCCAGACAUGUGGGGCCUGGGAAAUGAAAGAGCGACUUGGGACAGGGGGAUUUGGAAACGUCAUCCGGUGGCACAAUCAGGAAACAGGUGAGCAGAUCGCCAUCAAGCAGUGCCGGCAGGAGCUCAGCCCUCGGAAUCGAGAGCGGUGGUGCCUGGAGAUCCAGAUCAUGAGAAGGCUCAACCACCCCAAUGUGGUGGCUGCCCGGGAUGUCCCCGAGGGGAUGCAGAACUUGGCUCCCAAUGACCUGCCCCUGCUGGCCAUGGAGUACUGCCAGGGAGGCGAUCUCCGAAAGUACCUGAACCAGUUUGAGAACUGCUGUGGCCUACGGGAAGGAGCCAUCCUCACCUUGCUGAGUGACAUUGCCUCUGCGCUUAGAUACCUUCACGAGAACAGAAUCAUCCAUCGGGACCUAAAGCCAGAAAACAUCGUCCUGCAGCAAGGAGAGCAGAGAUUAAUACACAAAAUCAUUGACCUAGGAUAUGCCAAGGAACUGGACCAGGGCAGUCUCUGCACUUCCUUUGUGGGGACCCUGCAGUACCUGGCCCCAGAACUGCUGGAGCAGCAGAAGUACACGGUGACUGUCGACUACUGGAGCUUUGGCACCUUGGCUUUCGAGUGCAUCACGGGCUUCCGACCUUUUCUCCCCAACUGGCAGCCUGUGCAGUGGCAUUCCAAAGUCCGGCAGAAGAGUGAGAUGGACAUCGUCGUUUUUGAAGACUUGAAUGGAGCGGUGAAGUUUUCGAGCUCUUUACCCUACCCCAAUAAUCUUAACAGCAUCCUGUUGCAGCGCCUGGAGAAGUGGCUGCAGCUGAUGUUGAUGUGGCACCCCCGGCAAAGGGGCACGGACCCCGGGUACGGGCCCAACGGCUGCUUCAAGGCCCUGGAUGACAUCUUAAACUUAAAGCUGGUUCAUAUCUUGAACAUGGUCACAGGCACCAUUCACACCUACCCAGUGUCAGAAGACGAGAGUCUGCAGAGCUUACAGGCCAGAAUUCGGCAGGACACAGGGAUCCCCGAGGAGGACCAGGAGCUGCUGCAAGAAGCGGGUCUGGCUUUGAUCUCCGACAAGCCUGCCACCCAGUGUAUUUCAGAUGGGAAGCUCAACGACGGCCGCACAUUGGACAUGGAUCUCGUUUUCCUCUUUGACAACAGUAAAGUCACCUACGAGACGCAGAUCUCCCCACGGCCCCAGCCUGAAAGUGUCAGCUGUAUCCUUCAAGAGCCCAAGAGGAACCUGCCCUUCUUCCAGCUGCGGAAAGUGUGGGGCCAGGUCUGGCACAGCAUCCAAACCCUGAAGGAGGACUGCAACCGGCUGCAGCAGGGACAGCGAGCUGCCAUGAUGAAUCUCCUCCGGAAUAACAGCUGCCUCUCCAAGAUGAAGAAUUCCAUGGCCUCCAUGUCUCAGCAGCUCAAGGCCAAGUUGGAUUUCUUUAAGACCAGCAUCCAGAUUGACCUGGAGAAGUAUAGUGAGCAAACUGAGUUUGGGAUCACAUCAGAUAAACUGCUGCUGGCCUGGAGGGAAAUGGAACAGGCCGUGGAGCUCUGUGGACGGGAGAAUGAAGUGAAGCACCUGGUGGAACGGAUGAUGGCACUGCAGACGGAUAUCGUGGACUUGCAGAGGAGCCCAAUGGGUCGAAAGCAGGGGGGGACGCUGGACGACCUAGAAGAGCAAGCGAGGGAGCUUUACAGGAGACUCAGGGAGAAACCUAGAGACCAGCGAACUGAGGGUGACAGCCAGGAAAUGGUGCGACUGCUACUUCAGGCAAUCCAAGCCUUUGAGAAGAAAGUGCGAGUGAUUUAUACACAGCUCAGUAAAACUGUGGUUUGCAAGCAGAAGGCUCUGGAAUUGUUGCCCAAGGUGGAAGAAGUGGUGAGUUUAAUGAAUGAGGAUGAGAAGACUGUUGUUCGGCUUCAGGAAAAGCGACAGAAGGAGCUCUGGAAUCUCCUGAAGAUCGCUUGUAGCAAGGUCCGUGGUCCUGUUAGUGGAAGUCCAGAUAGCAUGAAUGCUUCUCGCCUUAGUCACUCUGGUCAGCUGAUGUCUCAGCCUCUCACUGCCCCUGACAGCUUACCUGAAUUAGUCAACAAAAGUGAGGAACUGGUGGCCGAAGCACACAGCCUCUGCACCCAGCUAGAAAGUGCAAUGCAAGACACGAUGAAAGAACAGGACCAGAGCUUACGGUCUCUAGACUGGAGCUGGUUACAGACGGAGGAAGAAGAGCAGAAUAGCUUGGAGCAGGCCUCCUGA